AUGUUUUACCAACUCCUUUUUAUCAUUCUGCUCUCUCUGCACCAUGCUAUCAUUUCCCAAGCAAUUGAGUACUAUCUUGCCCUCGAUUCCAAGAGCUCUGAUGUGGUGGCCGAUAUAAAUUCGACAUUUGUCGAUUUGAUCUGCCCGCCUACUCACCCUAUAUGGUUCGUACCUCGCACAUCAGUGGACCCUAAACAUACAACCGGUAAUCGAUUAAGAAUUGAUCUGGAUAAAAUUGAGAAAAGGCCACUUCAACGAGGAUAUUACACUUGCUGCCCUCGAAAAAGAGCUCGCUUUCCCGACAUUGCCAUCCAGCGUGUCCAAACCCCCUCUUGUUGUCCCUGCUGUUCUUGGCCAGAGGAUGAAUAUUGUUCUCAUAAUUUGUGGAAUACGUCUACUUUAUCAACUGCUCCAUCCUGUCUGCAAGUUUUCCUUUAUACUAGUAUGAGUUCUUGUCCAGAAACAACCCUAAAUCUUCCCUGGAAGUCGAAAGUGUUAGUACCUUGUCCUGCUCCCCUUCCAGAUUCCCAUUUGCGGAUUUACAGUCAGUUAGGAUCAAUUAAAAGGUCUAGGGAUUUAUGGUUCAAUUCUGCGAAUUCCUCCGAUUCUGUGGACUUCUCUAAGAUGGGCAUGAGUCAUUUUGAUCCCAAAAUUGGUGUUUGUACCACUAAUCAGACUGUUUUACAGAGGCAUACACAUCUUAUAUGUUUUUAUCCUAAAUCAAAGUGUGUGGUAAAGCUACGGGGACCUCUCGCUCCUCCCACUAUUUUACCGACUGUGACAUGUCGAAUUCUUCCUAUCAAACAAAACUUCUCGAUGCAUACCUCAAUCAUUCCCCGGUUUAGGGUCUUUGAAAAGCAAAAUCUGACUAUAUCCUGCACGGCUUCUUACUUUAAUGUGUUUGUAGCCAAUAAAUUACCUACAUUAUGCUACCGUUGGCGAGUUAGUACUGAGUCUACUCAGUCACCAGUUUCUUCUUGGUCUCGGCAUAACUGCUUCAUAACAAAGAAAAUUGGUGAAAACGUAGCCUAUGCUACCGAUAUUCUAAAUCUCACCACUAAACAUGUUUCCAUGAGAGUUGAUGUGGAAAUCAGUGAGUGGAACAGAGCGAUGGAAGAUCAAAACUUUUCAAUUCGUUUUUUGGUUUCACCAUCAACCAAGUUUAAUGAGAUGACUGUGAACAUUUUGUAUCCUGAUGAUCGUUCCACUUACAACAUACUUAAAAAUAAUGCCACCGGGAACCAAACGGUGCUGCUAUUGGAUAAGUCUCUGAAACAUUUAAAGAUUGGUUUUUAUGCCUUAAAUGAAAUCACUGCUGAGACAUUCUGCUCAUCUCCUAGCCUUGGAAAAGAACACAUUAGGUUUAACCGAGCUGUCGACAGAUGGGUAUGUAAUGUCACAUUGCCUGCACACAAAUUUGAACUCAUAUUGCACCAAGGCAAUUUAGAGACAUUUGUUACUGUCUAUCCAUCGCCUAAUUCUCUUCUACCCCGAUCAACAAUUUUGGGUUUGCGUGGAUCUGUCGAUGCUCCAAUUAAUGUCUCCUGUCCUGCAAUCGAGAACCAUUUGCCAUCCUUAUUUAACACCACAGUGGAUCGAAUUCACUGGUUCGUCUAUAGGGGAGACGAAUUAUCUGAACAGACUUAUACAAAUGAGUCCAAUUUAUUGAUUCCUCCACUUAUCAACUCGACUGUUCAAGUGGAACCGAUAUUGGAGUGGUCACUCCCUUCAAAAUCUUCUAUUAAACAAUUUCUUCUCAAGUUAUCUUCCCUCAGUUUACCCCCAGUUAGAGUAUUCUCCCGGCAACUGUGUGUUGUAUGCCAAACGUUUUUUACCGUCGGAGGUAGUACAACUAGUAACAAGGAAUGCAUAACUCUGGAAGCGAAGAAGGAGCCCACAGAGUACAACCUUUCAAUAUUUGAAGCGGGGUCACUUCGAUUUUUGCCCACAUUUGCACCUAUUCAGGUAUCGAGGGUCUCAAACCCAAGUUUCCGUAUCACUACGGCAUAUCCUGUUAGUAGACUGGUGAGAAAUGGAUCUCUUUCUUAUCUUAGUGUGUACGAGGGCUCUGAUAUUGAACUUCGAUGCAGUGUAAGUAGAAUCAAUGAAUCAACUCUUUGGCCGAUAAUUUCCUUCCGAGAUGUUUAUGGUAAUGACAGUCUUCCAAAUGGAACACUUCAGCUAUAUGCGCUAGCCUUCACCCUUGAAAGCCGACUUAGAAUGAACACUUCCGUUGUCCAAUCAUCCGGAGCAUACGUUUGUGGCUCAUAUAAGGAAGAUGCAGUUCCACUUAUUGUUGAUGUCGUUUCCUCAAAAGUUCCUGAAAUUGUUGAACCGAAUCAACCAGUUCGCUACUUUACUGCUAAUGAGAUCGUCAGACUCACCUGUAGAGCAAUUGGUGGACCAGGCCCGAUAAUCAAGUGGCGUUUAGUUAAUGGCACUCAGAAGGAUAAUAAUAUACUACUUAAGUGGUGUUAUGAGUCGCAUUCAAAGGAAGAGAAUAGCUGUAGUUUGUUAUAUAUCCCUCCUCCGCAGACUGAAAAUGUUACCAUUAUAUGUGAGGCCCUGAACUACAUAGGAAUUGAUACGUUUUCUCUCAGUUUGAUUCGAAUAAGUACUGCUAAUGAACUUACUGGUAAUGCGCUCUUUUCGCGUUUGUGGAAGAACUACAUGUUUUGGAUCAUUGUUCCUCUCGUUAUGGUCAUUUGUUUCUUAGUGUGCUUGGGUACAUGCCUCUGGCGUAAGGGCAAGCAGGUGAUGAAAGCGGAAAAACUCAUCAAAAUGGACAAUCUUAUUUAUGGAUACCCUAACAAGAUGGCUAAUAAUUUUGCUCCCUUCUAUCAAGAAGAACUAUUUAGCUUAAUGCCAACGGAAGAACUGAGAGAUCGAUGGUGCAUUGACCGUCACGACCUGAGACCGUUUUCUCAACCUCUCGGUAAUGGCCACUAUGGUACCGUUCAGAAAGGCAUUUACAAUGGAUCUGGUGAUAAGGAUAAAAAACGCACAAAUGCCUUUUUUGUUGCUCUCAAAUCACCCUCUUCCGAAAUGGCUAGCUUAUCCUGCUUCCGAAAUGAAAUAAUUCACCUUAUGAAACUCUCAGAUGGACCUAAUAUUGUCAAAAUGAUUGGUUGCGCUUUCGGUGAGAGGGGCGAUCUAAGUGACACUCUACUAGUUCUAGAAUUUUGUCCAAAUUCAAGUCUCAGCAACUUCAUACGAAGGAUGCUCUAUCCACGGGGGUGCUAUGACAAUCGGCCAAUGUUUGUCCGAAACACGGAGGGCGGAAUAAGUACAGCAAGUACUCAAAUCUCCACCACACCAAGUCCCACUAGUGAUGGAUCUGUGUCGAAAUUUUUUUGGGAAGCAUGCAAUUCUCCGGCUCGAAUUAUCCUUAAUGACUACGAAGAAAGAUCCACGAGCGAGCCAAAGUCAAGGAGCAGCAAACGUAGACGACAACGUGGAGGGCGACGCAAUACAGCUCUUGUUUAUCAACGUCUCACACGAAAUUCUUCAUCCAUAUUCCUCCAAAUAGCUGUGGGUAUAUCUCGGGGUCUUGAAUAUCUGGCUCAAAAUAGCGUCAUUCAUCGUGAUCUGGCGACGAGAAACAUCCUUUUAGACUCCCGAUUCGAACCUAAAAUAUGCGAUUUUGGUUUGGCAGUAACAGUUGACACCCAACAAGAUUGUUCCAAUGGUCCCUGCCACCCAUCAAAUGCAUGCUAUCAUAUUAUCACCUUCAGUAAGCAGCUUCCUUUCCGAAUUCUUCCUCCAGAAGCCUUGUCAAAGCAACUUUUCUAUCUGUCAUCGGACAUUUGGGAAUUCGGGCUUCUACUUUGGCAGAUGUUUUUUUUCGAAACAAAAAAGCCUUUUGAAAAUGUCCAAAAUUCUGACGCUUUGUUGCGUCUGCUUUCUUCUAAUCGCGGUCAAGCUAAUGAUUUCCUGAAUUACGUCACUCCUGAAGGCCGUGAAGGUGAAAACCAAUCUCCUCUAACCAUUGACCGUCCCCCGGCUAUUCCUGAUAGCCUGUGGAGUGUGAUUUGUGAUUGUCUUAAAUUCCAGGCUUCUGACCGACCCAGUGCAUCGGAGAUUCGUCAACGUUUGGAUGACUGCUAUUCAUCCUACGAAGAAAUCAGCGAAGCGUUUACCGUUCCUGACCAGAACGGCAAUUACCACCGACUUUGCCGAAGGGUUCCAAGCCAAGUGAAUGUAUUCGAGAGCGAUCUACUUCAUGAUGCCUUCGAUGAUCCCAUUCCACAAUUAGUUACCUACGAAAACAUCGAGCAUGCUCGAAACAGUUAUGGCUGCUUAGAGAGCUUUCCAUCGUCCUCCAUAUGA